AUGAUUUUGUUUCGUCAAAAAGUGGCCAUCCCUGAUUUUCUUGAUGCACAACGGAAAAGUUUUCGUCUUUUUUUAGAGACUGGGAUUCGUCGCGAACUUGAAUUUGUUUCUCCCAUUAUUGGAAAUUCGUUAGGAACAAGUAUCCGACAACCGACGAACCGUUAUAUUUCUGUAUCUUUUUUAGCUCAAGAUUUUUAUUUAAAGGCACCAAGUUAUACACCACAAGAGGCAAUUCAUAAUAUGGAAACAUAUAGUAGUCAGCUUGUGGUACCUGUUCAUAUUUCUUCGCAAAGUUUAGAUGUGAGUUGUGUGUUACCAGUAACCUUUUGUGAUCUUCCAUUAAUGACCGAGCAUGGAACAUUUAUUAUUAAUGGAUCACCGCGUGUCAUUGUUCACCAAAUUGUGCGUUGUCCAGGGGUAUAUAUUAAAGCACAGUUUGAUCAAAAGAAUCGUCGUUCACAUUUAGUAAGUUUUUUAUCUUCUUAUGGUUCGUGGCUUCGUCUUGAAACAGUACCACGUAAUCCUGAAGUGUAUGCGUGUAUUGAUAAUUUACGUAAAUUACCUGUUACCCUUCUAUUAGCAGCACUUGGUUUUAAUUUUAAACAAGUUUGUGCAGUUGUAAGUGAUCCAAAUGCAUUAGUAUUUACUGAAUCUCUUUUAAAGCCACAAUCUUGUGAAGAUGCCAUGGUUAUGAUGACUGCAUUAAUGUUUCCACAUCGUGCUGGAAGUGUUUUAAAAGCAAAGAAGUUUUUAUUUACUCAUUUUUUUCAUGCGCGACGUUAUAGCUUAAGUGAGGUUGGCCGUAAACGUAUUAAUCGUAAAUUACGUAUGCGUCAUAAUCUUCCUUCUUUAACUUUAAUGCCAGAGGAUGUUCUUGCAGGUGUAGAUUAUCUUCUUCGUGUAAGUAAUGGAGAAACUCAAUUUUUAGAUGACAUUGAUCAUUUAAAAAACCGUCGUGCGCGUUUAGCUGGAGAGUUAAUUCAAACACAGUUUCGAUUAGGAUUAAAUCGUUUAGAGCGUAGUGUACAUACACGUAUUAGUGAUGAAACACUAUUACGACAAAAACGUUUAGGUGUUGCUCUUCCAUCACUUAUCCGAACACAAAUUGUUGGAUCUGUUUUCAAAGAAUUUUUUGGGUCAAACCAAUUAUCACAGUUUAUGGAUCAGACAAAUCCAUUAGCAGAAAUUACCCAUAAACGCCGUUUAAGUUCAUUAGGACCUGGCGGUUUACACCGUGAUCGUGCAGGUCUAAUUGUUCGUGGUAUUCACCCAAGUUAUUAUGGUCGUAUUUGUCCAAUUGAAACGCCCGAAGGGAAAAAUGCUGGAUUAGUAGGUUCUAUUGCGACAUAUGCACGUGUAAAUUCUGAUGGCUUUUUAGAAAGUCCAUAUAUUCUUAUGGAAUCAGAAAAAUCUAAUCAGGAUGAUGGUUUUUUCUUAUUGAAUGCUUCGUAUGAGGAUAAAGUGAUUGUUGCUGCAGCGGAUACACAAAUGACAGCAGCUCGUGUUCCCGCUCGUACACGUCGUGAAUUUAUUGAAACUGAUCCAAAUGAAAUUACUUUCUUAGGAUUAUGUCCAAUUCAAUUUAUGUCAAUUGCUACAGCAUUAAUCCCAUUUUUGGAGCAUGAUGAUGCAAACCGUGCAUUAAUGGGUUCAAAUAUGCAACGCCAAGCUGUUUCUCUUUUAACACCACAACGGGCUUUUGUUGGAACUGGAUUAGAAGCUCGUGUUACACAUGAUUCGGGAGCAGUUGCACGUAUUCGUAAGAGUGGAUAUGUCUUAUAUGCAGAUGCACAACGUAUUGAUGUAUUAACUGAAAAAUCAUCAGUGAGUCAAUUUGUAAAUGAACCUACUUUUAAACGUGAAACAAUUUCACUUACAACAUAUCAACGCUCAAACCAAGAUACAUGUAUGCAUCAACGUCCAAGUGUUGUACCAAAUACUUGGGUUCAUGCUGGUGAAUGUUUAGCUGAUACUGCAUCGACAGUGGCUGGCGAGUUAGCCCUUGGAAAGAAUCUCCUUGUGGCUUAUAUGCCAUGGGAAGGAUAUAACUUUGAGGAUGCUGUUUUAGUAAGUGAACGUUUAGUGUUUGAUGAUGUUUUUACAUCUGUUCAUAUUGAACGUUAUGAUAUUUCGACUUCUCGUACACGUGAUGGUCAAGAAUAUAUCACUUCUAAAGUUGAAAAGAAUACCCAUCUUGAUGAAUUUGGGGUUAUUAAAGUUGGAACAUGGGUUGAACCAGGUGAUAUUCUUGUUGGAAAAGUUUCUCCACAACAAGAAUCUGAGAAUACUCCAGAAGGUCGUUUACUUCGUGCUAUUUUUGGAGGAGCUACACGUGAUGUAAAAGAUACUCCAUUGGUGGUCCCAAGUGGGGUGACAGGUCGCGUAUUAGAAUGUCGAACAUUAUUUGAAAAAACUAAAUAUAACGAAGAAUUAGAUUCAUAUGAAUCUGUUGGUUCGGUACAUAUUUUCUUAGUACAAAAGCGUAAAGUUCAAGUUGGUGAUAAAAUUGCAGGUCGCCAUGGAAACAAGGGAAUCAUUUCAAAUAUUUUACCUCGUCAAGAUAUGCCAUUCUUACAAAAUGGAACACCUGUAGAUAUGGUCUUAAAUCCAUUAGGUGUACCUUCUCGUAUGAAUGUGGGUCAAAUUUUUGAAUGUCUUCUUGGGUUAGCAGCUCAUACUUUAGAGCAAAAUUAUAAAGUUUUACCAUUUGAUGAAAUGCAUGGUGAUGAAGUAUCCCGUGGAUUUGUUUAUCAGCAAUUAUAUAAAGCUCGUUGUGCAACAAAUCAAAAAUGGGUAUUCCGUCCUGAAUCACCAGGGAAAAGUAUUUUAUUUGAUGGUCGAACAGGUUACCCAUUUGACCAACCUGUUACUGUAGGGUAUCCAUAUAUCUUAAAAUUAGUUCACUUAGUAGACGAUAAAAUUCAUGCUCGUUCAACUGGGCCUUAUUCACUUGUGACGCAGCAACCAUUAGGUGGUCGUUCAAAACAUGGUGGGCAACGUUUAGGAGAAAUGGAAGUUUGGGCACUUGAAGGAUUUGGUGCAGCAUAUACAUUACAAGAAUUAUUAACAAUUAAGUCCGACGAUAUGCGUGGUCGUAAUCUUGCUUUUAUGUCGAUUAUUCGUGGAAAUUUACUGCCAAAACCGGGUGUUCCUGAAUCAUUUAAAGUAUUAGUAUGUGAAUUACGUGGUCUUUGUCUUGAUAUUAGUCUCUCUCAAAUUCCUUCUAAUUAA